CCUUUUGGCCACCUAAAAUGGCUAGGGAAAGAUCGCCACCUUCACGAGGUGCGGCUGUUCUCACUAAGAGCGAUCAUUCUGCAUGGCCGGAGAAGGAACAAACGAGUCAAGCAGCUCUCCCCGGCGUAGAGACCAAUAGUAAUGCUUAGACAUGAGGGACUUGGACAGAAAGUCGAGAUCGGUAACGAGAAGGGAAAAUUCGUUUGCGGCUUUGUUUGCGAUCAAGAGAAAGGCGGUGUCAGCGGAAUCGACAGCUAUGCAAGCAAACCCGAGCCUUUCCAGCCAAUGCCGUACCAAUUUGCAAAUGAUGGUGUUAUCAUCUGCUACUAUGGAAUACUUCAAAGCACGACUCGCGGCGCUCUUGCACCUUAUCCCUUGUGGUGUCUCAGUCCCGCUGUUCUCCUCAGAUUAACUCCUCGCCAAUACUUCGCGAGACCACGGGGCAUGUUGCUGCUUCGUACUAGUUUCUUUGUCAUGUUGCGUGGUUGGAUCAGCAAUUCCUUCGGCGAUCAAUUCUACGACAAGGCCAUGGGUUGCCUUGUCGUGCUCAGAAAGACGUGCCAAAAAAAUGAUGAAGCCGAGGCCUUCAAUACCUGGUUGCGAGGACUUUAAGGGCCAUUUGACUGAAGGAAUGCUUGUGUCGCAUGCGCCAUUUUGGCGGCGGGUGGUGCAGAGCGGGAUUACGCUUAUUACCAAGGAGGAGUCGGUGGAUGUUGACGUUAGUGAUGAGGAGGCGGAGGUAUGUUUUCAUGGCGAAGUUGAGACCUUUACAAGAAUGCAUGCUCCAAUC